AUGGUUUGUUCAGAUCUAUGUAAAGUUAGUAAUACAGAUAAACAUCCGAUCUACUAUUGCAAAAAAUUCAUUGAAAUGACUCCUCCUGAACGAUUAAAUUGGAUUCAACGACAAAAACUAUGUGUGAAUUGUUUCAAAUCCGAUCAUAAAGCAAAGGUUUGUGAAGCUGGAUCAUGUAAAAAAUAUGCCAAGAAGCAUAACACUUUGCUUCAGUUAGAGCAACAGUCACCUAAACCUUCAAGGGCACCAGCAGCAAACACAAAGUCAACCACAACAUUGAUCAACGCUAAUGAAUCGCCAUCCAUAACAGCAACAACUAAUGCAAAGGGUACUCGUAAUUACGUUCUGCUAGCCACUGCAAAGGUGCGCAUUAUUGCAAACAAUGGACGAACGUGUGAUGUUCGUGCCAUACUCGACUCAGGUUCUCAAGUGAACCUAGUAACCCAAAGAGUAAUCAACAAGUUAUCUUUAAUUACCACAAAUUCAAAUCUAUCGAUCGAAGGUAUUGGCCGUCAAUUCGGGAACUCAAAAUCUCGCGUAAAUGUUGAACUGCAGGCUACUAAUGGAAGCUUCAGGACGAGACUUGAGGCAUUUGUAUUGCCACAAAUAAUAUCAGCACAACCGUCACGAGACCUAGAUAUCUCGGAUUGGCAGAUCCCACAGAAUGUAGAAUUAGCAGACCCCAGCUUUAACAGAUCUGGAAGAAUUGACAUGCUGAUUGGUGCUGAAUUCUAUAAUACUCUACUUCAACCAGAACAAUUGAUAAUAGGAAAGAAUUCGCCACUGUUACAAAAUUCGGUUCUAGGUUGGUUGGUGGUUGGUAAGACUAAAACUACAACAGAUAUUAAACCAACAUGCGCUAUUACUACAGGAGAAGUUGGUGAAAUGUCAGAAAUGAUAGAACGAUUUUGGAAGUUAGAUAACAUUGAGACUGCAGAAAGGGUUUUGACUUUAUCUGAGAAAUGGUGUGAAAAUCACUUAACAAAUUAUGUAAAGACAAAUCACGAUGGUCGUUUCAUUGUACGCUUACCCUUCCGCGAUGAUCCCACAACACUUGGUAGAUCGCGUGAGAUAGCAUUCAAUCGAUUUUGUUCUCUGGAAAGGAAGUUACAAAGGGACCCAAAUUUAUACAAGGAGUACAUAAAGUUCAUGGAUGACUAUGAGUCAUUAGGUCACAUGGAAAAAGUUUGCCCGAAAGAUGUCAAAGGAGCACAAUAUUUCAUUCCUCAUCAUUGUGUCUUGAAACCUGACAGCACUACAACCAAAUUGAGAGUUGUCUUUGAUGCAUCAGCAAAAACAUCAACCGGUUUAGCACUAAACGAUAUUUUGCACAAAGGUCCAACAGUGCAAAGUGAUCUUUUUUCAAUACUCUUGCGUUUUAGAAUACACCGCACAGCAGCUGAUAAUCUGGAGAAAAAGUGCUGA